CCCUUCCUGCCUGCACGGGGCAGGGGAACCCUCCAGACAGGACACGGCUUCCACUUGUGGCUAAUAAAUGGAACUGGGGUGACACUGCUCCAUAACUUUACACAUUUGAGAGCUUUUGACAGACGAGAGUCAAAUCAUCAAAAUGAAAGCCCCUGUCUUUGCUGUUGCUGGACUAUUGCUUCUGUUGCCUACUUUUUGUCAAAGCGGUGCGGAAAAUGACGCAGACAACUUGGCGAAACCAACCUUACCUAUUAAGACCUUUCAUGGCGUCCCCCAAAAUUCUUUUGAAGAGUUUCCCCUUUCUGCAAUAGAUGGCUGGACGGAAGCCACUGUAACUGUGAAAACGCAGUGCCCCAAAGAAAGUGUUUCAGCUCUCCACGUGAAUAAUGCUACCAAGGGGUACCUGAGCAGCUCCUUAAGUACUCGACUGAUACCUGCCAUCUACAUCCUGGUGUUUGUAGUUGGCGUGCCAGCCAAUGCUGUGACCCUGUGGAUGCUCUUCUUCAGGACUAGCUCCAUCCGUAUGACGACUUUUUACACCAACCUGGCCAUUGCAGAUUUUCUUUUCUGUGUCACGCUACCAUUUAAGAUAGCUUACCAUCUCCACGGAAACAACUGGGUAUUUGGAGAGGUCAUGUGUCGGGUCACCACGGUCAUCUUCUAUGGCAACAUGUACUGCUCCAUUCUGCUGCUCGCCUGCAUCAGUAUCAACCGCUACCUGGCCAUUGUCCAUCCCUUCACUUACCGGAGGCUGCCCAAGCGCACCUAUGCCUUGCUGACGUGUGGACUGGUGUGGGCAAUGGUUUUCUUAUACAUGUUGCCAUUUUUCAUCCUGAAGCAGGAGUAUUAUCUUGUCCAGUCAGACAUCACCACCUGCCAUGAUGUGCAUAACACAUGCGAGGCCUCAUCUCCCUUCCAACUCUACUAUUUCAUAUCCUUGGCAUUCUUUGGAUUCUUAAUUCCAUUUGUGAUCAUUAUCUACUGCUACACAGCCAUCAUCCGGACACUUAACGCAUAUGAUCAUAGAUGGCUGUGGUAUAUUAAGGCCAGUCUCUUUAUCCUUGUGAUUUUUACCAUUUGCUUUGCUCCGAGCAAUAUCAUACUUAUUAUUCACCAUGCUAACUACUACUAUGACAACGCAGAUGGCUUAUACUUUAUCUACCUAAUAGCUCUAUGCCUGGGUAGCCUGAAUAGCUGCCUAGAUCCAUUCUUUUAUUUUCUCAUGUCAAGAAUCAUAGAUCACUCCACUGUGUACGUUACAAUGGUGAGAUCGACUCAGAAAACAGGGAAAGUUAUCUAGGAAAACAUUUGCUUUUUGGACAACACAUUCGUAGUUGGAGAAACCUUGUCUUCUAGCUUAAUUUUUUUAGCUCAAAACAAAUAUUCUAUCAUAAAAAAAAAAUUACAAAAGCACUGAUAAUUGUUAUUGUUCUUUUAAA